AUGCCGUCUUCAAACUUCGGUGAUAAGCGGGAUUCGCUGAAUAACAUUUUGUUACGUAAAGAUCAAGAGCCAUUAAGUUUAUUCACUCCAAAAACCCUGGCUAGGCAGCAGGGCGUGACCGUUGAUGUUCCGGGCUUCCGAUCUGCGUCUUCUGUUCCGCGCAACAGGCUGGAAGGUGGAAACCUGCGAAACGCAGCGCAUUUGCCUGAGAAUGGGCUGAAGGCAGAGAAGAAAACCGGUCAGCUAGUAUCGGGCGUCUUGAUGUUGCUUCAGCCUUCAGCGCUUCAGCCACUGGCACUCGCCAGUGAGAUUCCCACGGACAACACGGAAAUGCAAUCGCCUUACGAAUUUUACGACUGCACGUACGCCUACUGGGCUAUCAUAGUGCUGUCGUGA